CAGCAGAGAGGAGGAGGAGGAGGAGCCACAGGCUUGUUUCUUUCAUCGGGGCAGUGUAUAAGAAGUGACGCUGUCUUUCACCAGACUAGAAUCCUUCCUCGCUGCUUAUAGGUUGUUUUUUUUUAUUAGUUCAAGUUACAAAUAUCCAAACGCGAUGGGGAGCCGGGUAAGUCGCGAGGACUACGAAUGGGUGUACACGGACCAGCCGCAUGCCGACAGGAGAAAAGAGAUCCUGGCCAAAUAUCCUGAAAUCAAGUCUUUAAUGGGUCCGGACCUGAGGCUGAAAUGGAUCGUGUGCAUGAUGGUGUUGAUACAGUUUUUAGCUUUCUACCUAGUCAAAGACUUGGACUGGAAAUGGGUUUUGUUCUGGGCGUAUGCAUUUGGCAGCUGUAUCAACCACUCAAUGACUCUUGCCAUUCACGAGAUUUCCCACAACACUGCCUUUGGGAACAGCAAAGCCACGUGGAACCGCUACUUUGCCAUGUUUGCCAACCUGCCCGUGGGCUUACCUUACUCUGCCUCCUUCAAGCGUUACCACCUCGACCACCACCGCUACCUGGGAGGGGACGGUAUCGACGUAGACAUCCCGACUGAGUUCGAAGGCUGGUUCUUUUGCACACGCGCCCGCAAGUUCAUCUGGAUUAUUCUGCAGCCCCUGUUCUAUGCUAUCCGCCCACUGUGCAUCAACCCCAAACCCAUUAGUCAGCUGGAAUUGACCAAUGUGGCCAUACAAGUCGCCUUUAACGUCCUGCUCUACUGGCUGUGUGGGGCAAAAUCUGUAGUUUACAUGCUGGCUGGCUCCGUGCUGGGAAUGGGCCUGCACCCCAUCUCUGGCCACUUUAUCGCCGAGCAYUAUAUGUUCCUGAAGGGCCACGAAACCUACUCCUACUACGGCUGCCUCAACCUGCUGACGUUCAACGUGGGCUACCACAACGAACACCACGACUUCCCCAGCAUUCCAGGCCGAAGGCUGCCCAUGGUGAAGAAAAUAGCAGCCGAGUAUUACGACGRCCUGCCUCAGUACACGUCCUGGGUGAGGGUCCUGUACGACUUCAUCAUGGACGACACGUUGAGCCCGUACUCYCGGAUCAAAAGGAAGUUAAAGGGAGACGUCAAACAGGAGUAACACCUCGGAGCACCUCCAGUAACUACAGCUGCCCUGCUCACCUUUCUAAAAACAGAUUUUAAUACGUUGAGUGUUCAGGGUGAACGUUGUUUGGACGAGUCUAGGCAAAGGUUCCUGCUUUCAGCUUAGAAAAGAGGAAAUUUUAGGAGGAAUUAAAUUAGUCCAAACAAAGAACCMGACUUAAUGAUGGACUGAGAAUAAAAGUGUUUGUGCUUUAUGUUUGGAGCAGCAACAAAAACAGAUUAUAUCCAACGUUCAGCUUAAUAAGUUUYACUUUAGAAGUGGGGUUGUGUGGCUAAAGCAUCAGAAAUGUCGUUCAGCUGAACACCUAAUCCCACAAUGCUUUGCUCCAGUUUUUUGUACAUUGCCRCAUUAUUUGGCAACUAGCUGAUCCAAAAGUAAAAUGGUAUGAAAAAUAUUUUAAAGUUUGACUUCUUUUCAGCUCUCGUUUCUGAUGACUUCACACACCUCUCACUUUAAAACURAAACUAUAAAAACAUUUCUAAAUGGAGGAGUAAAGAGGAGUGUGAUUAAUCGUUUUAAGGCCUAAAUGUGCCUUAAUGUUCACACUUGAAACAUUUUCACAAAAAUCUAGUUUCUAUAGACUCGCAGACAUUUAGUGAAAUGCCUCUGUGGCUUCGUGUUUGUUCAGCCAGUUUGCACUCUGCCGCACAACUGAACUUUCUGUCCAAAUGUUACGAAAACUUGAGUCCAAUUUCUGUGAUAAAAUCCUAAUAAAGCAAGAAGUAAAGCUGUCAGCUCAGUUUCAGCCCCACGUUCUGAUCUUUCUCUAAAACCCAACGAAACCGUAAACAUCUAAGACGCUCGAGCCAAGCUGCUGACGAGAAGAUGUGCCGUUUUUCACACCGUAGCUUACCGAGUCAGCAAAAUGCAAAAAUACACUGAGUCAGUAAAGAAUAAAAAUGUACAGUUUCUGCCUUUUUAUUAGAAGAAACUAAAAGAAUUGCGUUAAAGUAUUUAUUAGGAUGAAAGUGCUAUAUUUAUUAAUCAUUCAACACUCAUGGUUUAGUGUUUAGAUGUAAGAGUUUGGUCUUUUUGUCCUAACAUACAACAAAAGUCAACAAAAUUCAAUAGUUUCUUUUACAUUUYCACUUCAUGAGUCGUGCUUUCUUUAAGCUGUAAGUGUUUUUGUGGCUCUGAACAAGUUUUUAGUGACAGGAGGAGCAGGAAUGAGUUUUGAUUGUAAAAGUUGCAGAGCCCCCUGGCCUUAACAAAUAUAAAUAUAAAAAGAUUUCAUGUCUGAUAAAAUGGCAGCACAGUCUGGUGUCUAUAUAGRAAGUUUAGUUUUUUAAACAUAGGCCUUAAAGUUGAUUUGUAAAUCAUUUUAGUGUUUUCUAAUUUAUCACUUUUCACCAAAUGUGUUGGUGACAAAUGGCUUUUUGAUUAAGAAAAAGGAAAUGUUGCUAAGAGCCAGAGGAAGCUGUAGCUGCCUACACCCUGAGUCAGGUUUGUUUUCAUCUUCUGUAGAGAAAACACUCCUGAUCAUUUUAAACAUGCAUUCCUGUUAAAAUAUUUUAGAAAAAAUUAUACGUCAAAGGAUGUACCAACACUGUCAUGGACUUUCCUGCUUUUUGGACAYGACAAUGUUUGAUUUUCUGUUCUUCACACACGUUUGUUAGACUCUGCUMUCUGAACUGAAUUAACUAGAAUAUUAAACUAAGUUUGACAUGCUUGAUUUUUUAACAUUCAUCAUUUUUAUCUACAUCACCCAGCAGCCAAAGAACAUUUUCUGCUCACCAAAGUUUAGUUUGUGGGAAAAGUUACUCAUUGCUGUAGUUCCAGGUGGUUGUUUUUUUUUUUGUUUGUUUUGUUUUGGAACCUGUUAAUAAUCUGCUUGUCCACUGAUUUCAUGCAGUAUUGUAAACUGAGACUAACAAAAAGGCAAUAAAACUGAUGUAAGGAAUUAAA